GAGUGGAAGCAGAGCAACGCGGUGUGAAACAGCAUUAUGUGAAAAACAAGUGGAGAGGAAGAGAAACAUAAAUACAACAGCAAAUAUAGCAAAAAAUAAAAAGCAUACCCGAGGAGUAAAAGGAGGAGAAGGAGGAGGAAAGGACGAGGAAGAGGAGAGGGCAAACUCAUUUGGUCAUAAGAGCUGGCUAGAGACACUAUCACAUCUAAACGGCAAAAGCAGAAAAAGUGACCUCGCAUUAUAAGAAGUCACUUCACUCACCUGAUCUCACUUCCUGUUCAUCUCUGUCGCUGGUUGUGCCUGACAACUGUUGCCAUGGGUGAAUUGGCUCAACUUCGGAAGGAGGUGGAGAACCUCAAGGACCAGAUUGCUGCGGCACGUAAAUCAGUGCAGGACUCCACGCUGCAGGAUAGCGUCUCAAGCACAGCAUCACUGUCAAAGGUUCAGCUCAAAUCCAAAAAGACAUUGAGAGGACAUCUGUCCAAGAUCUACGCCAUGCAAUGGGGCUCAGAUUCAAAACUCUGUGUGAGUGCAUCUCAGGAUGGUAAAAUGAUUGUAUGGGACACCUACAGCACCAACAAGGUGAACGCUAUCCCGCUCAAGUCUUCUUGGGUGAUGACGUGUGCAUACGCUCCCUCAGGAAACCUGGUGGCAUGCGGUGGUCUUGAUAACAUGUGCUCUAUCUACAACCUGAUGCCAAAAGAUGGCAAUAUUAAGGUCAUACGUGAGCUGGCUGCACAUACAGGGUAUUUGGCUUCCUGUCGCUUCCUGAGUGACACCGAGAUCAUCACCUGCUCUGGAGACUGUACCGCCUGUCUCUGGGACAUCGAGACCGGGGAACAGAAGACGAUUUUUGCUGGCCACAUUGGGGACUGCAUGUCACUGGCUUUGUCGCCAGAUAUGAAUUACUUUAUUUCAGGAUCAUGUGACUACACAGCCAAACUGUGGGACAUAAGAGCAGGCCAGUGCAAACAGACAUUCUACGGCCAUGAGAGCGACAUAAAUGCUAUUGGGUUUUUCCCCAACGGUAAUGCGGUGAUCACUGGCUCAGACGACUCGUCCUGCAAGCUGUAUGAUCUGCGCAGUGAUCAAGAGCUGACCACUUACAGCGACUCGAGCCUCAUGAGCGGAGUCACCUCCCUCGCACCCUCACUUUCUGGCCGCCUCCUGCUGGCUGGUUACGACGACUUCACCUGCAACAUCUGGGACAUGCUGAAGGCUGAGAGAGUGGGAACAUUGUCAGGCCACGAUAACCGAGUGAGCUGCCUUGGUGUGACGCCUGACGGAAUGGCCCUCUGCACAGGAUCCUGGGAUAGCUUCUUGAAGAUCUGGAACUAAUACACCUUCUGGAUGAGUCACAUCGAAAGAAAAGCGGGAAAAACAUGAUUCAGGGGAACAGCGGAGUGGGUUUAAAUUUGGGUAUAUGGGCAGAAAGAGAGAGAGAGAUAGAGAGAGAGAGAGAGAGAGAGAGAGAGAGAGAGAGAGAGAGAGGGGCU